AUGAGACAUCCAUACAAAAAUCUUCACAACUUUCUGCUAAAUAAACUUUCUAAACUUGCAAAAUUACCUAAUACACAUAAUAUUCAUAGUUGGAUAUGCGUAUGCGAAGGUUAUACAUCAACUAAAAAAGAACACGGACAACAAAAAGAUAACGCUUUUGAAAAGUAUCAGAAAGCUUUAGAAAUAUUUAAUUCAACAUUAUCAAAUAAACAUUUAGAUAUUGCACAGGUCUAUUUGCUUAUCGGUAAUCAAUAUUUUAAUUAUAAAGAACAAUUGAAUAAAGCUUUAGAAUAUCAUGACAAAGCAUUCCAAAUUUAUAUGCAAACGUUAAAUAAAGAACAUCCAGAUCUUAAAGAUUGUAAAUAUCGUAUUGAACAAGACAGAAAAUGUAUUGGAGGAAUCCAAUGA